AUGGGUUUGUCUAGUGAAGGUUCCGAUCUUUGUUCAUUUUCAUUUCCUCGUUCAUUUUCUGUUGAUCAAUAUGUUGAUCUGUUUUUUGCUUUAUGCGAUACAUGUAAAUGGUCGUCACAUCAUACAAGUCGUCUUGUUGAAUAUAUGUUAACUUGUUCUAAGCGAAAAUCUUGGUUUAAUGAUAUAGAUACCAAUAAACCUGCUAGGCUUAAUGAUAUUCGAAGACGACGAAAAUGGUUAUAUGAUAUUGUUAUUCAUCAACGUAUUGGAAAAGAAUUAUUUAUUAAAAAGUUAUUCGAAGAAGAUCAUGACUGUACUGUUAAAUUAUUAGAAGAAUAUCAUGAUUUAAUAACAACACUUUCUCGUGAUUUAAUUUCUCAAUAUGAACGAAAAGGACUUAUUCAAGGAAAUCAGCGUUUAUCAUUAAUUCGUUAUUAA